AUCACCGUCCUAUUUAUUCCCCUCCUGCCUUAUAUAACAACAUCAUCUGCUACUUCUCUAUUCCCUACUCUAUCUAUCCUUCCCUUCUUAGCUAAUUUCUCUCUUAUCCUCACAACUCACUAUUGACUCGUUAAAAUGCCCAUCUUCUAAAUAUUCUAUAAAAUUUUCCAAAAUAACUAAUAAUUAUUAUUUUUAUUUUAUACUAUUUUCCAAUAAUACCCAUAUAAAAAUUUAAGCUAAUUUCAAUGGAGAGUGUUCACAGCAUCCCUUCUAUUUCAGAUAAUUUGAUUUCCGGUACCGAAACAUGGGCGUUUCGUUCAUCAUUUGAUAACUCUUGGAUUACUGAAGCAUUUGCUCGUGAUUCUGAAAUUCUUACUAAAGCACUACAAGAAGUUUCGUAUUCUCAUCUUUUAAACCCUGAAACGCCGUCGUCUCAUAACCAAACGCAGAGUUUAUCCAGUUCUGGUGGUGCUUGUGCUUCUGAGUCUGAAACCGUUUCGAAACAAACAACGUUUCGAAACGUGUUACCUGUUAGUAAGAAGAUCACGAAACGUAAGUCACGUGCUUCUAAACGUUCUCCGACAACUUUUAUUACGGCGGACCCGGAAAAUUUUCGACAGAUGGUUCAGCAAGUUACGGGUAUUCGGUUUAGUUCGGGUUCGGAUCAAGUUAUUGGGUCGGUUCUUAAACCGGAACCUCAUAGGCCGGUUGGUGUCCUGAACCGGUUACAAACGGGCUGUCUCCUGCCUACGCUUGAUACUUCAGCUUUUUUACUAGAUCAUCAUCAACAGGUGACGGGCUCGGGUUUGGGUUCCGGGUCGGAUAAUGCGGGUUUUGGACCCGGUUCUGUGGUGGCUCAGGCUGGUGGGUCGGGUUUUGAUUUUGAUGGGUUUUCCGGGUUCCCUACUUUAGAAUCAUGGAAUUAAUUAAAACUUAAAAGGGAAAAAAAUAAUAUAGUUAGGCAUUUCUGUUUUUAAAUUAAUUUAACUUUUAAUUUCUUUUUUUUUGAAAUUUUAGAAUGAUCCCAUUAUUAUGGGUAAUUUCCAGAAAGGUACUUUUUGUUAAUAUCUUGGGAGGUUGAUUAUAAAUGUAUUGUACUAAUGUAGUUUUGAUCAUCUUUAAUUUCAUUUAGUAAAAGUUUAAUUAAUACUUCA